UGCCGGAGCCGCCGCUGCCAGCGACAUGUUCAAGGUAAUUCAGAGGUCCGUGGGGCCAGCCAGCCUGAGCCUACUCACCUUAAAAGUCUACGCAGCACCGAAAAAGGACUCACCUCCCCCAUAUCCCAUGAAGAUUGAUGAGCUUUCACUCUACUCAGUUCCCGUGGGUCAAUCUAAAUAUGUGGAAGAACCACGGACCCAACUUGAAGAACGCAUCUCACAGCUCCGACAUUACUGCGAGCCAUAUACACGUUGGUGUCAGGAAACAUACUCUCAAACUAAGCCCAAGAUACAAACUUUGGUUCAAUGGGGGUUAGACAGCUAUGAAUAUCUCCAAAAUGCACCUCCUGGAUUUUUCCCAAGACUUGGUGUUAUUGGUUUUGCUGGACUUGUUGGACUCCUUUUGGCUAGAGGUUCAAAAGUAAAGAAGCUGGUAUAUCCACCUGGUUUCAUGGGAUUAGCUGCCUCUAUCUAUUAUCCACAACAAGCCAUCACAUUUGUCCAGGUCAGCGGGGAGAAAUUAUAUGACUCGGGUUUACGAGGCUCCAUAGUCGUAGAAGAUUUAUGGAAGGGGAGCUUUCAAAAGCCAGGAAAUGUGAAGAAUUCACCUGGAAAUAAGUAGAAAACUCCAUGCUCUGCCCAUAUUAAUCAGUUAUAGGUAAACAUUGGAAACUCUAUACAGUAAAUCAA